AUGGUUGGCAAAGCUAAAGUGAAUAGGACCUUUCCUGCUCCUAUCUGUGACCUAGUCCUGUCCAUAAAGUCUAUUAACCCUAAUCAGGAAGACAAGUGGAAGUGGAAACUGCACAACAAAGGUCUAUUCUCUGUCCAGUCUGCUUAUGCUCACUUAAUUGCUCUGGGUAAACCUGCGGUCAAGGAGCGAGUCGGACGAUAUGCCAAGUGCUUGUCUGUCGACCCCACACGACCUGAUGUACUCGUCGGUCUCGACCAAGUUUCUAAUCUUGUCGGCCACGAUCUCGGAUGUCCCACAUGUGUAAGCAGUUGUCCCGCUCAUGCGCAGGCGACUCUCAAGCACGCAUCGCUUUUCGAAUGA